AUGAAUGGACGAUAUGUCAGCUACGCUGAUAAGAUUGAUUUUCUUGGCGACUUUCAGCAAGCCAACGGCGCUAACAACACGACAAACAACAAGCAACAGCGGACGAGUCCAUUCCCCUUUUUGAAUAACAACCCACUCGGAAAUGGUGGCCCCACUGGAGACGACUAUGACCCUGCGGCGUUACUGGGCGCCAAUGCAGCAGCCUACAACUCGACUGCUGCAGCUCUGGGAAACGCUGGAGCCCAACUUUUAGCAGCAGGAGCCGCCGCAGCAGCAGCCAAUCGCAAUGUCGCCGCAGCGGCCGCAGCAGCAGCGAACACAAUGGCCCCUUAUACUCUUUUUCGACCAGCGGCUGGGUGUCCCAAUCCAGCUCUGAUACAGAACACGUUGCAGCGCCAUCAAGUGCCUAUUGGGUUCCAUCAACAUCAACAGCAGCAGCAGCAACAACAGCGGCAGAGACAACAACAACAGCAAGUAGAAGCAGCAGCCGCAGCACUCAUUGCCGAUUACGAUCCUGUUCCGCUUCCGGCUUCUAGACAAGGUAGAAACGAUGGUGGAGUCCUUCAUGUCCCGAGCAAUCUCUUUUCCAACGAUAUUGUGGGACUCAGGUCUCCUGUUGCUGCUGCCAAUGUCCCGCCUCCUCAUCCUCAGUGGCUCAAAGAACUCAAGGUUGAAGUUUCGGGUCUCUCGUUGGAGCCCAUGACUGGAGCCGAAAUCAUAGAUCGGAUCGAAAGCAAAACUUCUGAUGUCAUCAAACGCUUCCUUCCGUGCGUCGAUUUCCUCGUCAUGUGCCAACAGGAUUUGCGCAAGGGGCUCAUUGUCGCCACACAAAAGCGAUUAAUUCGGAGAGCCUAUCGAGAUGCCAUGACCCCCAAACGAUUUCAUCAACAGUUCAUUGAACCCCUAGCAGAUAGAUUCUUGAAACAGAAUCAACGCAUCAUGGACGCCAAUCACCUCAUGGAAGCCUACCAAGAAGUCAGAAAGUUAUCCAGUCAAGCCAGUGCUGUAGAACGGCAAGGCUCGGAAGUUAUGAAGAACACCUUUUUGGGAGGAAUGAAAGAUGGAGAAUCCUGGGGACUGCGCAAAUGGCUUUCCAAACACGGAGGCGCUCUGUCUAUAUGUACAGAUUUAGAACUCAUCCUGAGUGCCUGUCAAAAACUCAACAAGGAAUUAGACUCGACAAAGAAACUCGCAGCUCUCAUGCGACCCAUGGCCAAACGAGCGCACGAUCGAUUGAAAAAUGAUGUUCCUCAAUCCUAUCAAGAAAUUAGCACGGCUCACCCCUACCUCCCCUUUUUCCAUCGCCUCGAGGCGGCGUGCCGGAGCAUGUCCAAUUUUGACCCAGAAGACGACGAUGUCAUUUGUCUCGACGACUCGGAUGACGACGAUGAUCCCGUGGUACACGUCAAGAGCACACCGGUCAAGCCCAAAGCCAAAGACAGCAAACCUGCCGCAAGAAAGAGACCGCCCAAUGGGUGCAACUCGGACGAUCGUUCUUUGAAGCGACAGCGGACCGUUGACCCACCGGCACCGCGAAAAGUGGAACCGGUCGCACGGUAUGCUGGCAAGCCUUCCGACUCGGAAAAUGAUGACGGUAGCGAGGACUCGGACAGUGAUAUCGAAUUUGUGGGGGUCAAGAAUCCUGCGGGGAAGUCGGCUCCAGACGACGACGACGAGGAAGAGGACGAAGACAAUGUGAGCAACGCAAGCGAUCCCGCCUUUGUCAAUGAUUUGAUGAAGUUUGACUUUGAAGCCGCACUGGGUGCCCAAACGGGCUGUUCCGACACGGAAGAUAAUUUUGACAUUGGAGCGAUUCUCGGUGGUGACGAACUAUCGCAAAAGGGUGGCCGAUCUAGAAACCAUUCGCCUGUACCGGCUGCUCGAAAACCAGCACCACCGGCGACAAGAACAAGUUCACCCGUCGACGCUAUGAAGCUUGCCGCCGACAUUGAUUCUCUGGCCGAUGUCUUUGAGAUUGGUCAACAUGCCAGCAUUCGACCGGCUAAUGCGCCAGUCCAACAGGGUUCAUUUUGGGAUGCCGAGCAAUAUGGUACGGCGCUGCGAGUUUUGGCUCAGAUUCUGCGUAAGCCCGAGGCGGUUCAGUUCAUGGACCCUGUCGAACAAGCCCACCCAGAUCUUCAACCACCAUACACUUCUGUCGUCAAAAAUCCGUUGUGUUUCCGUGAUAUUGUUGCCAGUCUCAUCCCAGACAAUUUCAACAAUUUGGAAUUUAAUUCGGGGCGAGACGGAAUCCUUCCAGCCGAAGGCCUGUCCUUUUGGAAUCUGUGGUGCGGUCAAGACUUGUUGCAGGCGAUCGAUCUGGUGUUCUUGAAUGCCUUGGCGUAUGGAAAGAUCAGUUCGGACGGAAGGACGCCCCCUCGUUCCGAUACGAAUCGGCUGCGCAAGGUUCUCUGGAAUGGUAUCAACGACGCCAUUACAGCGCGAGUCGGCACCAGCAAGGAAUUGAUCAAGCAGCAUGCGCCAACAAGACGCGGAGAGACGAGUGGGUUUGUCAUUCACAAGACACGAAAUCGAUGA